CUGAGGGUGCCCUUUGUGGGUUUCUGGCGGUGGGGCGGGGAAAUGAAUGUCUCUCAUAGGAACUGGUGCUUCGGCCCACCAAACUAAUUAUACUAGCAAUUGAACGCCUAACCAAACUAAUCCCUUCCGCCCGCACAAUAUCCAUAUCCUUCCAUUCCUGAGCCUGUCUGAGAACCUCGUCAGUGUCGCUGCCGUAUCUGCCUUCACCCAACCCCUGGCAGCGCAUUCCAGUCACCCACAACUCUGCGUACAAAGAUGCCUCGCAAUUCUCCUUUAAGUUACCCCCCCCCCCUACACACACACACACACACACACACACACGCACACAUACACAUACACUUUCAGGGGUUUCAGAUUCACAAUCAUCGCGAGGGACUCAGCAUCUUGUUCGCGGGGGGGGGGGGGGGUUGUCUCAGAGUCGGGGUGAACAGGCUGCCCGGGGAAAGGACCGCAGAGCAGUUUCUCGUCGGGCACGGUUCGGUCCCCAUAAUAAGGCUCCUGCUCUCGGUCUAUCCAAUGGAGCAGCCGCUCAUCGCGGCCGAUUGGCCAGCUCUCGGCGCAACGGACCAGCUGCGGACCCGGCCCUCUCCCCGGGACCACCCCCACCGCCCGCCUGAAUCUGCCGGCACCUUCAUCGGGUCCCCUUGCGGAUUCUCCGGCGAGACGCUGUGGGUAACGAGAGGGAUUGUGAAACCACUCUGUGUGUGAAGUCCUGCCGACCCGAUCGCCAACCGAACCGCAACACCCACCACCAGCUUCACUGGUCGGAAAAUCCCACUGAAAAAAUCUCGCAGAUGCCCCUGGAAUGCUUCAGUCGGUUCAAAACGCCGCCCUCCUGUACUCAGCUUAAGAGGGAUAUUUAAGAGGGACCCUGGAGGACCCUCCAGGGUCAGUGGAACUCUGAUCAGCCUAGCGUGUCACAGCCCAGACACUGGGAAGUCCCGGCAUUAGAUGAGAUGUCUCCUUGCUGGCGGGGUAAAUGCAUCGCCGGGGUACCUUCCAGGAGGCUGCUUGGUGACCAGGAUCCUGACCGACAGAGGCAGAGACUAAAUUAAUCACCAUACGGAAUGCUGGAGAAACUCGGCAGCUCAGGCGGCAUCUGUGGAGGGUCGGGACCCUCUUCAUGACAGAAGAGAGAAGAAGGUGGGGGAGGGGAAGAAGCACGAGGUGUCUGACGAUAAGUGGAAGCAGAUGCUGUCCAACCCGCUGAGUGUUUCCACGUCCGCUGGUUUGGUUCCGCUGCUUAGCUUUGUGCAAGGACCGAUGGUUGAAGGGAAGUAGCUGCUCUUGAACCUGGUGGUGUGGGACUUCAGCUUCUGUGCCUCUUGCCUGAUGGGAGCUGUGAGAAGAUGGGACGGCCCGGAUGGUGGGGAUUUCGAUGAUGGAUGGUAGAUACAGUGGGGAGAUAUGUGUCCGCAUAGCUCACUACUAACAGUGAGUUUUUGUACCUGCUGUACCACACCGUGAUGCAACACUUUGAACAGCAUCUCUGUGAAAGUUCAUCCGAGCUUGCACAUUCUCCCUGUGAUCGCAUGGGUGCUCCGAUUCUCCCCCACGUCCCAAUGAGGUGGUGCAGGAUGGUGUUGGCGUGCUCCCUCAUUCUGUGCUACGUCCUGCUCCCACCCGCCAGCCCCUUGAUACCCAAUGACCCCAACGUGUGCAGCAGCUGGGAGAGCUACUCUGUCUCCAGAACGGAGAAGUACAUGGUUCCCCACCACGAGGAGACGCAGGAGGACUGUGAUGACCCCAGGAGCAACUACCGGUGCACUAGGCACAAGAUCACCUACCGUCAGACGUACCGGCUGGGGGUACAGACUGACUACCGGAAGCGCUCGCACUGUUGCCAGGGUUACUACGAGAGCCGGGGUGUCUGUGUGGCCCAAUGCAGCCAGGAGUGUGUCCACGGCCGGUGUGUGGGACCCGAUCGUUGCCAGUGCGAGCCGGGAUGGCGAGGGUCAGACUGCUCCAGCAGUGAGUGUGGGGAUGGGUGCUGGAAUUGUGGAUAGAGCGGGUGACAGAAGAAGCGAGUCGC